AUGGAUAGACGACCUAAUCACAAACCCGGUAGAGUUAACUGCGCACUGGCAGCCGUGACGUCACAUCGAAAGCAGUUUCCUAGAGUCGGCGUGCUAUGCGCGGUUUUUCCGGCGGCGUUAGCGUUGGAGGCCGCCGCCGCCGCCGCUUUAAGCGCCGCCGCCGCCGGACACGCUAGAGAGAGUAAGGAUGAAGAACCAUCGGAGCCCCAUAUACUCGAAGACCUGCCAGCUCUACUACUAGACAGCGGUCCCCGCGCGAAACUGUCUUCGUUGAGGGCGGAGGCCUAUCCCUCCUUGGCCGCGCUCCGCAGGACCAAGGACCAGCUGCGCGCGCUCGCGAGGGCCGUGCUGAGGAGGCCGGUGGAGGCGCAGCUUGACAAAAUACCCCAGCUUCCCGUUUGGAAUAACAAUGACGCGCUGUCCACCGAUCUGCCCGACUUCGCCCUUUCUCCCCAGGAAUACAUUACUGAGAUUGGCCAGUACCUAAUGACGUUACCGCAGCAUCUAGAAAUGCAUUUAUCGGAGAAACAAGCCCCCUGGCAGUUUUUAUCUGAGGUUUGCACACACACAUGUGAAGUGUAUGCUGAGAAGAUACUGAACAUUCGCAACAUGGACGCUUUGGGAACCAAGAGGUGUCUCACUGAUAUUGCUUACCUCUCAAGCGUGGUGGAAGACCUCGGAAGCAGCAUCACACCAGCUCUGAAGAAUUUGGAGAAAUCCCUAAGGGCAGCAGCUCCGAGCCAGGCCGAAUAAAUAAGAAUAAUAAUAAAUUAUUAAUAAAAAACAUACUUAUUAUUUAAGUGAAUAAUUAUUUUGACUUAAUGAAAAUUGAUAAGUUUAAUUAGUAAUUUUGCCUGC